GUCCAGAUGGACGAACAGAACCAAAAAAAAAAGUUCUGUGGUCAAAUGCCACUUGCGAAGUUGUCAGCAGCCACAUAGUUGGACGUAGUGUUUUAAAUUCUCUUUGCACAUAGUGGCCAAAUAGCACAGAUCACAGAUGGUUUCGUUUUUUGGCAGCUGUGAAAUUAAAAUUAAAUUGUAAAUUAGCGACUUUAUUAAAUAUGGCAUCAAGAGGUGGUGUUAUGGUGACUGGGACUAACGGAGCGGAUUAUCAACACAGGGAGAAAAUAGCAGCUCAGUAUCAAAUAAGUGCAUUAAAUAAAUCACGGCUGAAGUAUUGUGUUUUCUUCCACCAUGUCUUGUUUCUCUUCAUGUUGGCUAAGCUCUCUGCAGAUAUUCUGGACAAACUUGAUAUCUUUAUUCUUGAAAUUGAAGAACUCCAGAUUCCACAGCCACUAUGGUGGGAGUACAUUUGGUGUCUCUCCCUUCCUCUCUCAUUUGUUGGCUUAUCAGCUAUCAAGCGCAACAACAUAGCCUACCUCCGGAGAUAUAUUUAUGGUAUUAUUGGGAUGGGAGUUUUACCAUUGAUCUACUGUGUGCUGCACUAUUGUACUGAUGUGUGGUCUUAUUUGGCACAAGAGGAGGACUACGAAGAUGAAAUUAUGAUGUGGCAGGACUAUCCAUACGGACUUCUAUGGUACGGCUUCGUCUUGUUAGCAUCUCAAGUGCACAUCUUUCAACUCUACUUCUCGUACAAUCUGCUGAAAGCAUGGCGCUCGCGAGGCACCUACAAGAAAAGGGAGUAAUAUACGUUGACAUAAAUUGACAAAUAUUGCACAUUACAGGAAGAAAAGAGACAGUUAUAUUAAGGCACUUAAUUAAAUUUGUGUUGUGUUUUUUAUAUUAUUAGGACUGAAGCUGAAGAAUAAGAUAGACUGCGCAAAUAUCACCUAGUUUCAUCUAUAUAAUAUUAUAAUCCAAAGUAAUGCUUAAAAUUAAACAAAAUUUUUAAGGCCUUCAAGAAAAGCAACGAGCAUUCUAAUGAGGUGCGUUAUAUAUAAAACGUCUUAUUGAGUUCGCGCUUUUCGUUACUAAUUUACAAAAAAAAAUGUAUGCGAUAAUUUAUUGGCUUAAUAAUAAGGUACAAAUUCAAAUAUUUUUAUUCAAAAUAGGAUGUGACAUCACUUAUUGAAAGUCAAAAAAAUAGCACCCAUUCCAAAAUGAAUGCCCCAGGUCUGAGAAGAACGGGCGCAAAAAAACUCAGCGGGCUUUUACACUAAUAAAAAUGAUUACUGUUUACUUUAAAUAAGAAUCUCUGGCCUUUCUUGUGGUCUUCAUAUUUAAAUACUGUCGUGUCGAGUACACUUCGCAUUUGUCUUGCAAUUGCAAUUGCACUUGCAAUCAUUUAAAAUACAAAUAGUGCCACACGUUUAUUUAUACUCCGAUGUGUUCGCAAAGGAUGAAACAAGAGAAAAAGAUCAAUUGAGGCACUAUUAAUAAUAAUAACAAUACAUGGUUUGUUUUAAAAUAAUGACAAAAAAUGACGGCUUAGCUUUAUAUUAUCGUCUUAUAAUAUCUAACUAAAUAUUGAUUUUAAAUCUAUAAUAUAUACUUUAUAUAAGUAAAAAAAACUGAGGUACUCUUGCGAGACCUUGUGAUGUUAUUCUCUGUCACUGUCUAUCUUGUUCUUUUGUCUAUGGUCCAAAGAGUUAUUGUUACAUGACUGCAAUGAUAUUAUUAAAGGAAUAGAUACAGAUACAGCUGUAUACACAAGAAAUAUUGCGAUAAUUGUACAAAAAAAUAUUUAUUUAAAUUUUAAAGUACACAACAAUCCUGCAUUUAGAACAAUGGGCAAGGAUGAGUUACAAUCAGGUGAUACCAUGAUAUUAUAAACAAUUCAAAAGUAGUAGGUAAUAAGUAUAAUAUUGAUUUAAAAAUAUUUACCUACCCAUAAUGUUAAACAUUACAUCAUUAUAUUUUUUUAUAACUUAUUCAUUCAUUUCAUUAGAAAGUAAUGGAAAUUUAUAAAAAAAAUUUUUUACUUGUUUAUCUAAGAUUAGAAGCCUUAGUUUUGUUUGUUAUCCUUGUUAAUUUUAUUCUAAAGAUUUAUUCACAACAAUUAAAUAUUCAGAUUAUUUACACAUUAA